AUGGAACACUCUAGAAGAAUCAGAGAGGUUGUUGAUAUAAUCUAAUGUACUAAUGAUCAAGCAAAAUAAGCAUUGGUUAUUUGCUAAUGGGAUCUACUAAUUCCAAGUAAUUAUCUACUUAAGUCUAAUUUUGAUACAUUCAGUGAGGAUGAGCAGUUCAAAAAAGUGAUAGCAGAGAGUAUUUCAAUGCAAGAGAAAAAGGAAAAUUAGACAGGACUGAAUGCAAUCUCAAAUGAAGAUGCUGAAAUUGCUAAGGCAAUAGAAGCUAGUCUAGAAUAGAAUAAGGGCUCGAUGUCAUAGUAUGAGCCAUUAAAUCCAGAAUAGAGAAGAAGAGAAGAUAAUGUUCCAUGUGGGCUAUAGAAUAUUGGAAAUACAUGUUAUUUCAACUCUCUGCUUCAAUUCUAUUAUACUAUUCCUAGCUUUGUCCAAAGCAUAAUGGACUUUGAUGAUAAAGAAGAUUUAUCAAACAUUAACAAGAAUCAAGCACUUGAUUAGGAGAUUGAUCUAUAGUUUGAGAAAAGAAUUAAGGCAGCAAGGAACUUGAUCAGACAAAUGAAGAUAUUAUUCUCAUUCAUGGCGAGAUCUGAUAAGAAAUAUGCAGAUCCAACAGGUGUCUUAAAAGCUAUAGUAGAUGAUUUUGGAAAUCCAGUAGAAAUCGGAGACUAGAAAGACAUCGGAGAGUUCAAUUCAACUUUCUUAUCUAGAAUAUCUGAAGGCUUAAACUCAAAGGUGCUAAUUGCAAAAUAAUACUAAGAACGAAUGAAUAUCGAGGAAAGAAAGGAAGAAAGUAACAUCAAUGCAAAUGGAGAUGGAAAUUAGAUAGUAUAAGAUAUAGAUAUGAACAAUUCUAGCAUUAUGGAAGGUGAACCAUAUAUUUAAGACACAGAUAUGCAGGAUGAAUCAAAGGAUCAUCAAUUAAUUAAAUAAGCAUCUUCUUUAUCCCCCGCUAAGUCAAAAAUAGAAGAAGAGGGUGGAGUUGUUGGUGAAAAUUUCUUUGGAAAAAUACAUUCUUUUAUUACUUACAAGGAUAAAAAUGAUAUAAUACAAUCAUAAGAUACCAAUGAAACCUUCAUUGAGAUAUUGAUGAGUGUCUUAGGAACAAAAGAACUCUAUGAGGCUUGGGAAAAUUCUUACAAGGAUUUUAUUGAGGAUUACAAAUCAACUGAGGUUGAUUGGAUUGUCAAGAUUCCAAAAAUCUUAUGCAUGCAAUUGAACAGACUCAGUUUUGAACAAGGAAAUCCAGUGAAAAAGCUAGACCCUCUCAUUGUUGAAAAGACAAUAUAUGUUGAUAGAUUUUUGAUUCAGAACAAAGAGAAGAGUGAAAUGAUUAGAUAGACUGUGUCAAAUCUUAGAGAUAAGAUAAAGCAUCUAGAGAGAUGUUUAACUGACUACAAGAAGUUCAAUGGAAGUGAAUAUAAUAUCUCUAAGAUUCUUGAACUAGCUACAGCAUUCUUCAAGGAAUAAGGUAAGGCAGAUGAAAGUUUCAAGCAAAUGCCGGAGGUUGAAUCAUUCAAUCCUUUCUAGCAAGGAUAAAUCCCUGCAAACGCACAAGACUUAGUUAAUUCUUUACAAAAAUAUGCUGAUUAGACUAGUUAAUAGAUUAUCUCUAUGGAGAGUUAAAUAGAAAAUAUUACUAAUCAAAUAAAAAAAGCUUAUUCUUAGAUGAAUAAUAAUCCAUAUCAUCUACAUGCUAUGUGUAUUCAUGAUGGAAAUGCAUAUGGUGGUCAUUACUAUGCUUUGAUCUAUGAUAGAUUCAACAAGAAAUGGAGAAAAUUCAAUGACAUUAGAGUCACUGAUAUAUCAGAAGAAGAUGUAUUCAAAGAAGCUAACGGGGGUCAUGGUUAGAUGACUGCGUACUGGCUAGUGUAUGUAAGUGAUGAAACUGCUUGUGAAAUGGAAAAAUCCGAUAUCUAUAGAUAUAAAGCAACUGAGGGUCAGUAAAUUGAUAAAUUGCAUAUUUUCUCAAGAAUGAUCCCAGGAGAUAUCAACCUAAUUGUCAGCGAAGAUAAUUAAAAACUUUAAUAAGAAAUAUUAUCGUAUCAGGCAACUCAAACAGUGAAGUUAAUUCAGAAAAGUUAUGAUCAAAAGUAUGCUGAAAUCUAAACACUAAAAGACCAGAUUUAAGAGAUGAACAAUCAAAUAAAGAAUUAGAAUGCUGCUUUAAAUAAACCUAUCUAACCACCUUCUUAAGGCGGAAUGAAUCAGAAUAUGAGCAUCUUUAGAUAUUUAUUGGCAUAAAAUGAAGAAAAUAUUCUUAAAAAGAUACUCUUGGAUAUCUGUUAUAGAGAGAUAAAUGAAAUAAGUCUUUUUGUCCUUGAUUAAAACGAUCCAAUUAUAAAAAAGAUUUAAGCCAUGAUAAUCAAUCAAAGUCCUAGGUAUCCAAAGGACGGUCCAUUCUUAACAUAAGGUGAAUAAAUCAAGUAUGAUAAGCAUCGAAGUGACUAUCAAACAAUAAGCAGUGACAGAAGAUUUAUUAUUGAAGUACUUUAAAACCUUCAAGAUUACAAUUUGAUUGAUGCAAUCUAGAUGGUCAAAAGGGUAUUCGGAUUAAAAGGUGGCUUUUCACAAGCAAAUCAAUACUCAAAAGUUUAGAAAGAUUCUUGCAGAGUAGCUGGUCUUGCCCUAAUCACUUAAAUAAACAAGCUUCUAAUUGAUAACGAGCCUUCAAAUGAUAAAAUUGGCUUGCAUUUAUUAGCAAUAUUUACGGCAUCUCAUUUACUUGAUCCAUCUGACAUCCACAAAAUUCAAUUGUUCAUAAAUUUAGACACAAGCAUCUAAAAUCUAAGGAUAAUUUUAGAAAACAAAGGUCUACUAAGUGACUUCCAAUAUAUACUCUCAUUGCUCAAGACUAAGAAUGAAAUUGAUUAUUCAAAGUUAAGUCAACUGGGAAAUUUGAGGAUUGAAACUAAUUAAGAUCAGGAAAAGAAUGUUUAGGAUAUACUUAAUGAUGAAAUUGAUAAGACAUGGAUACCUAUCUUUGAAGACUUCUCCAAUCUAAUUAACAAGGAGGAUAGAUAUUAGUCUUUACUUGAUAAGUUUAAAAUUCAAUAUAAGCCAUGGAUAAACAUUCACUUUACUUUGAUGCAGCAUAAGAAACACUUAUCUCCAGUUGAAUAUCUUGAAUAGGAAAAAGCAAACGGGAAUGAUUUGAUCGCUUAUCUUAACUAAACAUGA